AAUAUCUCGUUAACACUCCUUCCGUUCGUUCCCCUCCAUUCCCCUCUUAUCUAAUCGGACUUCAUAUAGCUUACGAUUCGCGAGUACGUCUACGCUUCUAUAUAGUUUGCAGUUCGUGGUGUCGUGACUCGCAUUUCGACGCGUCCUCACGGCGGCCGAUCAUCUGGGAUUGACGUUUUACUCGUAAAGGUGUCAGAUAUUUGUACGAGAAGAUGAGCAUUCUCGCGUACAACGGCGGCGCCGUGAUAGCCAUGAAGGGCAAGAACUGCGUGGCGAUAGCGGCCGAUCGCAGAUUCGGCAUACAGGCGCAGACGAUAACGUGCAACUUCCAGAAGAUCUACGAGAUGGGACCGCAUCUGUACGUCAGUCUACCCGGCCUCGCCACCGACACCCAGACCGUAAUGGAGAGGCUGCGCUUUCGCCUGAAUCUGUACGAGCUCAAGGAGAAUCGGAAGAUUCAUCCCAAAACGUUUACCGCCAUGAUCUCGAAUCUCCUGUACGAGAGGAGAUUCGGGCCGUACUUCGUCGAGCCUAUAGUCGCCGGACUGGACCCGGUCACGUUCGAGCCGUUCAUCUGCAAUAUGGAUCUGAUAGGCUCCAGAAACAUGGCCGAGGACUUUGUCGUGGGUGGAACGUGUACGGAACAGCUCUACGGCAUGUGUGAGUCGCUCUACGAGCCGGAUCUAAAACCCGAGGAGCUGUUCGAGACCGUCAGCCAGGCUUUAGUCAAUGCAUUCGAUCGGGACGCCAUAUCUGGAUGGGGCGCCGUCGUUUAUAUCAUAGAAGAGGAUAAGGUCACGAAGAGGAUGGUCAAAACGCGAAUGGACUAAACACAUUCACCUUUUAUGUCAAUAUGUGCAGCAUAAGUUUCGUAAUAAUUGUAAUUAAGUCUAUGAAAUAUAACAGGACCUUAUAUAAA